UCAGGGGCUGGUGAAGGGGCUGGAGGCGCCAUGUCGAGCCGGGAAGGUGGCAAAAAGAAGCCCCUGAAACAGCCCAAGAAGCGGGCCAAGGAGAUGGACGAGGAAGAUAAGGCUUUCAAGCAGAAACAAAAGGAGAAACAGAAGAAACUAGAGGAGCUAAAAGCCAAGGCCGCCGGGAAGGGCCCCCUGGCCACAGGUGGAAUUAAGAAAUCUGGCAAAAAGCAAGCUGUUCCUCACAUCUGGGGUGAUGGUGACCCUCCUCUUCCAUUCCUAUUUUAACAUCUGGAUUCCCUGCCAUAGCAUCUUUGCCACCUACAGCUAGAAUGAAGUGUUAUCCUGUAACCUGUUAAACAUCUGGAUUCCCUGUCAUAACAUCUUUGCCAUGUAAUAGCUAGAAUGAAAUGUUAUCCUGAAGCCUGUUGAACAUUGUAAUAAACUUUUGUAAAAAAAAAUGAAUAAAGUAAAUAAUGCAAUGACUCACUGUCUCUAGUGUUCAGCAAUUCCUACCUCAGCUGUGAAUUUAAAGUGAACUCAGUCUGGAAUCCCACUAGAGCCUACUGUUCCAUCUUCAUUGUACUCUGAAUUCUGUACCACUUUGAAUUAAACCAACUCCUUUAAAAGCCAAAAAAAAAAAAAAA